AUGGCAGCCCCUGCGGUUGGCAAAAGCUGGGUGGCCCUUUGCCAAGUUGCAUCCCCACUGGCUCCUCUCCAUCAGGAGAAUUGUCCCAGGAUUCCCCUCUGCAAAGACCUUCUUUCCAAAGGUGGGGUCUCUGGGGUGCGCUGGAAAGGUCAGGGUCAGACCCAUUUCCAUGAGAAGCAUCCAGAAGGAGCAGACACUGUGGUGACAAUGUGCCUUUCUCUCCUUAGGAAGCUUCUAGAGGCAUGGCUGGCAUCCCGAGGCAAAUGCUACAAGCGGCCCCCCAUGGCCUUUUCUGCUGCGAAGCCCCUAAAGCGUGGAAAGGCCAGCCUGAACCACUCUUUCAGGGGUCUCAUGGAGGAGGAGAGGAAGGAGCAGCUCCAUGUGGCCAGCGAGAUCACGCACACCUUGACAGAGUGCCGGAAAAUGGCAGAAGAGGGUUUUCCUCUGGAGGAGCUCCUUGCUCUGGUCUCCCGCAUCCCUAAAGUGGAGAGGUUUGCCCAGUUCUGGAUCUGCAAGGCAAAGCUACAGGCACAGCAAGGCCCUUUGGAUGUGGCAGGCUCUACGAAGCGGCUGUCCGUGCUGGGGCUGUGUCCCAGCAAAAGGGUGGGAAUGAAGCACAGGAGCUGCUGCACCCACCUGGAGCUGCCAGGUGCCAGCUUGUACUUCUCCCUCUUAUUGCAGCCGCUGCAGGAGCUGCGGAAUGCCAUCUCAAGUAUUUUGAAGACUGCCAGCGAGCCAGCUGGGGCCCAACCUGAUCACACCAGUGUUCUCCCAGAAGAGGAAGAGGCAGGGGCUGUUUCCCGGCGCUUCUGCCAUGAAGGCCUGCCCUGGCCUCAGCCCCUCUCAGCCAUCAAGUUCCAGAUCCUUCCGCUGCCCAGAGCAAAAGAGCAGAGCGCACAGCCAGAGGUGAGGCUCCUGACCCCCGUGAGGCGCUCCCUGCGCAUAGAGAGCACUACUGCCAACUACCCACAGAUGCUGAAAGACCAUGACCUCGUGGUUUCCUCCCUUGAGGAAAUUAUGGCUACAGACCACAGGAGCCAGUUCGUCUUCCGUAACAAUGAAGCUUUUCCUGGCAGAGUGGAGGUAGCCAGCUUUCUGACUGGACUUGCCACCCCAGCCAAAUGGCCACGAUGAA